AUGAAUAUUUUAAAGUUCCUUGGAAAGGGCAAGACUUAACACGGAGUCUCUGCUGUUGGAUUGAACAACGCUUCACGCCAAUUCUCAUAAGUUAUUUCUAAAAACUCACCAAGUUCAAGCGGAUCAGAGAAAAUUGGAAACUAUACUGUCAUUGAUCACACAUAUGAUGCUAUUGUCGUUGGCGCAGGUGGUGCUGGACUCAGAGCAGCUUUCGGUUUAGCUGAGGCAGGAUUCAAGACUGCAUGUAUCUCAAAAUUAUUCCCAACAAGAUCCCACACAGUUGCUGCCCAAGGAGGAAUCAAUGCUGCCUUAGGUAACAUGCACGAGGACGAUUGGAGAUGGCACUUUUAUGACACUGUUAAAGGAAGCGAUUGGCUCGGUGAUUAAGAUGCUAUUCAUUAUAUGACCAAAGAAGCUCCAGAUGCCAUCAUUGAGCUUGAGUCUUAUGGUAUGCCCUUCAGUAGAACAAAAGAAGGAAAGAUCUAUCAAAGAGCCUUCGGAGGUCAGUCCAAAAAUUUCGGUACUGGUGGUCAAGCAUAUAGAUGUUGUGCUGUUGCAGAUAGAACGGGACACUCUAUGUUGCAUACUCUCUUCGGUAGAGCCCUCGGAUACGAUUGCAUUUUCUUCGUUGAGUACUUUGCACUUGAUUUGAUCAUGAACGGCAAAGAUUGUGUAGGAAUUAUGGCAUACAACAUGGCUGACGGAACUAUCCACAGAAUGAGAGCAAACCAAACAGUUAUUGCUACUGGUGGUUAUGGUAGAGCUUACUUCUCUUGCACAUCAGCUCACACAUGCACUGGUGAUGGUGGCGGUAUGGCUGCUAGAGCUGGUCUCCCAUUAGAAGAUCCUGAAUUCGUUUAAUUCCAUCCUACAGGUAUUUAUGGAGCUGGUUGUCUUAUGACUGAAGGUUGCAGAGGUGAAGGAGGUAUUCUUAGAAACUCAAACGGAGAAAGAUUUAUGGAAAGAUACGCCCCAAAUGCCAAGGAUCUCGCUUCAAGAGAUGUCGUCUCUAGAUCAAUGACUCUUGAAAUUCUCGAGGGUAGAGGAGUCGGCCCAGAGAAGGAUCACAUCCAUCUUCACUUGAAUCAUUUACCCCCUGAAACUCUCGCUGAGAGACUUCCAGGUAUCAUGGAAACUGCUCAUAUCUUCGCUGGUGUCGAUGCUACCAAAGAACCAAUCCCUGUGCUUCCAACUGUCCAUUACAAUAUGGGAGGUAUUCCAACAAACUGGAGAACUCAAGUACUUAGACAAAAUCCAAACGGAGGUGAUGAAAUCGUCAACGGUCUUCUUGCUUGCGGUGAAGCUGCUUGUGCUUCAGUCCAUGGUGCUAACAGACUAGGUGCAAACUCACUCUUAGAUUUAGUUAUCUUUGGUAGAAGAGCUGCCCACACUACUCAAGAGCAUUACAAGCCAGGCCAAGCUCAGAGAGAGCUUCCUAAGGGUGCUGGUGAGGAAACUAUUGCUAACCUUGAUAGAAUCAGACAUUCUUCAGGUUCUGAGCCAACAGCCAAGAUUAGACUUGCCAUGCAAAAGACUAUGUAGAGACACGCUGCUGUCUUCAGAAAGCAAGACUUACUUGAGGAAGGUUGCAAGAAACUUGAUGAUAUCACUCAAUAGUACAAACACAUUGGAAUUAGUGACAGAGGUAACAUUUGGAACACUGAUCUAGUUGAAGCUCUAGAGUUAGAGAAUUUACUACUUCAAGCUAAAAUGACCAUAUUCGCUGCUGAGAACAGAAAGGAAUCAAGAGGAGCACAUGCCAGAGAUGACUUCCCAGAUAGAGAUGAUAAACACUGGAUGAAGCACACUCUUACAUACUUGAGUGAAGUUGAAAAAAUUCCAAAGAUCGAGUUUAGAGCCGUCAUUCAUGAUACUCUCGAUGCCAAUGAGGUCCAAACUGUCCCACCUAAGAAGAGAGUCUAUUGA